AGAUCUCAUAUUUAGUUUAGCGCGAGUAAGGAAAUUAUAUGAUUUUAAGCUCUCAAAAUGCCUACAAUGGAGUCACUGGAAGGUCCGGCGAACGAUGAAACGGCGAUGGCGGGGUUUCUCCCACUCGCUUCCGCUUCUCAGCAGCCCUACGUCUCCGAACUCCUUUCAUUUACUCUCGAUCGCCUCCACAAGGAGCCGGAGCUAUUAAGGGUAGAUACGGAGAGAAUUCGGAGGCAGAUGCAGGAGGUGGCUGUGGGGAAUUAUCGCGCUUUCAUUGCAGCGGCCGAUGCGUUGCUCGAGAUCCGGGAGGAGGUUUCCUCUAUCGAUAAACACCUUGAGUCUCUGAUAGCUGAAAUCCCAAAGUUAACUUCUGGUUGCACUGAGUUUCUAGAAUCAGCAGAACAAAUAUUGGAGAAGAGGAAGAUGAACCAAACCUUGCUUGCCAAUAGUAGUACUUUGCUUGACUUGCUUGAAAUUCCUCAGCUUAUGGACACAUGUGUACGGAAUGGGAAUUAUGAUGAAGCUCUUGAUUUAGAAGCAUAUGUAGUAAAACUUACAACAAUGCACCCAAAAAUUCCAGUGAUUCAGGCUCUUGCUGCAGAAGUUCGGCAAACCACCCAGUCUCUUCUUUCUCAGCUUCUCCAAAAACUCAGAUCAAACAUUCAGGUAUUAUAUCUUUGUGGUUGCCAGUAUUGUGCCAUGGGUCUCGGCUGGGUUGGGUUAGAUUUUCGCAGCCUGCUUCCACCUCUAUUUGAAGAAGCAGUCCUUAAUUUAUUCUCAAAGAAUAUGAGCGUAGCUGUUGAGAAUUUUCAGUUAAUGUUGGAUUCUCAUCGUUGGGUUCCAUUACCAGCAGUUGGCUUUCCGGCCAGCAGUUUUGGUGAAGAAAAUCAGGAUGAUAUUUCACCUCCUCCUAAUCUUAUGGAGCAUCCACCUCUUGCUGUUUUUAUAAAUGGUAUAUCAGCAGCUAUGAAUGAACUACGUCCUUGUGCUCCAUUAAGUUUGAAAAAUGUGCUUGCUCAAGAGUUAGUUAAGGGACUGCAGGCUGUUUCUGAUUCUUUAUUGAGAUAUAAAACAACUAGAAUGCUCAGGGACAAUGAAUCUUCUCUUUUCCUUAAGCUUUGCCAAGCAUUUAUCGAAGUUGCUUUUCCCCAUUGCGUCACCUGCUUUGGUCGCUGUUACCCUGGCGGGGCUGCUCUGAUUGCAGAUGCUAAGAAUUUGUUUGAUGGGAUCAAUCGCUUAUUGGCAACCUCUCCCUCAAGAUCACUACCAAAAUCAGUACAUAAUGUGGACUCCAAGAGCAUGUCAGAGAAUGGGAAUCUGCCUGUGGCGGAAAAUGGGGUUGUACAUUCCGAUGAACAAGCAGAAAGUGAUAGUGAAAAGGAAAAGGAAAAAGAGCAAAAUAACAUCAGCCCAGAAACUAGAAGCUCGGUAACAAAUGAAGAUAAUUUGGCUCCGCAACAUCAAGAAGUGCAGAUAUAGUAUAAUACCAGUGAAACUGUCCUGAAGGUACCAAGCCUCCAUCCAAUUUGAUUGUUGU